UAACCUCUUUCCCAAACGCAACCUUACGUCUCUCUCUCUCGCUGCGUGUCGCCUUCCAUCUCGAUCUCUCUCCGAGCCAGUCAAUCGAUUUUAACCUGUUUGAGAUUCUCCUUCGUCUUUGACUUUCAUUGAAUUUGCAGCCGCUUCCUCCUUCCUUCGAUUCAGGGUUUUCGAUUUCGUCUUCGAUUUUUUCUCCCCUUCUUUACAUUUUAUAGCCUCUGCUUUUUGUUUUCGUUACCCUCAAUUCCAUCAGCAAUUUCCCGUUAUGCCUCGCUUUCUUCUGUUGGAUCCAGAAAUCACCAUGAUCCGAGCAUUUGAUUCGAGUUUGGUUGAAUUCGCGUGUUGAGAAAUACGUGUAGCUUGAAUCGUCUAGGGUUUUCUGCUGUUUACGGGUGUUAUCGCCAUGGUGGGUACUCAGCGCUUGGACGAUGGUCCUUCGCCGCUGCCGGAGCCGCAGAAAUCGCAGAAGAUCUAUGGAAUCACGAAGCCGCUCUCACUCGCUGGGCCCUCGCCGGCGGAUGUAAAGCGAAACGCGGAAUUGGAGAAGUUCUUGGUUGACGUGGGGCUCUACGAGAGCAAGGAGGAAACCCAGCGGAGAGAAGAAGUUCUAGGUCGCAUUGAUCAGAUUGUAAAAUGCUGGGUGAAGCAACUGACCCGCCAAAGGGGCUACACAGAUCAGAUGGUGGAGGAUGCUAAUGCAGUCAUUGUCACAUUUGGUUCUUACCGCCUUGGAGUACAUGGACCUUGGGCUGAUAUUGAUACGCUGUGUGUUGGGCCAUCUUAUGUUAACCGAGAGGAAGAUUUCUUCAUUAUCUUGCAUGAUAUAUUGGCUGAAAUGGAAGAAGUGACUGAACUUCAUCCUGUGCCUGACGCUCAUGUCCCGGUCAUGAAAUUUAAGUUUCAAGGAAUAUCUAUUGAUCUGCUUUAUGCCAGCAUAUCACUUUUAGUUGUGCCACAGGAUCUGGAUAUCUCCAACUCAUCCAUACUGUAUGAUGUGGAUGAGCAAACAGUUCGUAGUCUUAAUGGUUGUAGGGUUGCUGAACAAAUUCUUAAGCUGGUUCCAAAUGUUGAGCACUUCCGGACAGCAUUAAGAUGCCUGAAGUACUGGGCUAGGAGGCGUGGCAUCUAUUCAAAUGUUACUGGAUUCCUGGGUGGCGUAAACUGGGGACUUUUGGUUGCACGAGUGUGCCAGCUAUAUCCAAAUGCAAUUCCAAGUAUGCUGGUAUCUCGAUUUUUCAGAGUAUACACUCAAUGGCGGUGGCCAAACCCUGUCAUGCUUUGUGCAAUAGAAGAGGAUGAGCUUGGGUUUCCUGUUUGGGAUCCUCGUAAAAAUCCCCGUGAUCGGUAUCAUCAUAUGCCAAUUAUAACUCCAGCAUACCCAUGCAUGAAUUCCAGUUACAAUGUCUCUCAAAGCACUCUUCGCGUCAUGACAGAGCAGUUUCAGUUUGGUAACAAGAUCUGUCAGGAGAUUGAGCUAAAUAAAAGCAAAUGGAGUUCCUUGUUUGAGCAAUAUAUGUUUUUCGAGGCAUAUAAAAACUACCUUCAGGUUGAUGUAGUGGCAGCAGAUGCAGAUGAUUUGUUGGCUUGGAAAGGUUGGGUGGAGUCGCGAUUCAGACAGCUGACAUUAAAGAUCGAACGAGACACAAAUGGGAUGUUGAUGUGCCAUCCUCAUCCAAAUGAGUAUGUGGACACAUCCAGGAGGUUUCCGCACUGCGCCUUUUUCAUGGGUUUGCAGAGGGCAGAGGGAGUGAGCGGGCAAGAAUGUCAACAGUUUGAUAUACGUGCUACGGUUGAUGAGUUCAAGCAAGAUAUAAACAUGUAUAUGUUCUGGAAACAUGGGAUGGACGUGUAUGUUUCUCAUGUUCGUAGAAAGCAGCUUCCUGCUUUUCUUUUCCCAAAUGGAUAUAAAAGGCCUCGGCCAUCCAGACACCAGAAUCAGCAGUGUGGAAGACCUUGUGAGGAUGGCUCUGGUUCCCAGUCUGUCUCAGCAGAGCGAAAUGCUAAGAGGAAGAAUGAUAAUGAUAUGGUGGAUGUGAUGCUGGAGAAACCUGGGAAACGCGUGUCUCUUAGCCCACAGAGUCUAGAUUAUGUUUCUCCUGACAAUAGUGUUAGUACCAUUGGUGGGACCUCUCCUAUUGGCUCUGUUGAAGGUCAUAAAGCUGAGUGCUCAGUAGCUGGUGAUGUUAUUUGCAACCUUACAAGGCAACCUAGUGAGGAAGUUGAGGCUGGAAAUUUUAGCAAUGAAGACACAGGGCUGAAAACAUUUUCUCAAAGCAAGCAUAGCCCUGGGAUUGAGCCAACUGUGGAAUUAAAUAGUAUUGCAUCAGUUCAGGGCUGCAUUGAGCCUGCUGAACCUGUUGAAAAGUGUGUGACACCUGAUUCUAGUUCUUUGUCAGCAUGUGAAACUGGGCAGGAUGAAGACAUAGGUCAUGAUUUGGGGUCGGUAUCCAUCAAUGAUGUAGAGAGACAACCUCUGCCAGAGCAGUUAAGCCUGAAAGAGGAAGUUGAUGAAGCUGAGAGGGAAACCAAACCAUUUAACGGGACAGGAACGACUGUGGAAAUUGCAGAUAAGGUUUUGGGGAUCAGAUCUUGUGCGAAGAGCCUUGAAUGCGAAGGUUUUGCCGUAGCGGCUGCAAAUCUGGAUCCACCUGCGGGAAGUAAAACUUUGCACUCAGAUGGACCCUUCCAAAGUGCCUUGCCAGAAGAACUUCAGGUGCUGCACCUCCAUGCUUGCUGUCCAAACUCGGUGCUGAGUGAGAUUGGGAAGUCGGAAGACAGAGCUAGGUCAGAAUCUUUGCAGAAGCCACUGAUAAGCAUGUUGAGCUUGAAGUCGAUGGUGUAACGUCCAAAAGGCAAUUGAAAAGAGAACCAAUCAGAAAAAUGAAGGAAACCCAAAAACAAAAAAGUGGAUUCAGAACCUCCUCAGCGGUUGCCUGCGAGUGGAUUGGAAGCCGUUGGUAAGUGCACCUUAUUCUGGUAACCUAAAAAAAGAAAAAGGAAAAAAAGACGAUUUUGAGGAAAAAACAAAAAAAAAAGGAUAAAAGAGAAAAUGAUAUUAAAAAAAAGGAGAAGAGUAGAGAAUAUAACAACGUUUGAUGAGUUAUAUUUUGUUCUGAGACUUCUUUGUGAGUGCUGACUUUGGGGGAUGCAUAAGCUUCGGAAGAGUUUGGGAAGCAAAGGCCAUGUCAGUGUGGUUCAAUGCUUUGUGGUUUGAGAAGAUCACUUGGAGAAGGGGAGUUGAAUGAACAUAAUUGUGGGUUGGUGCUUUUUCGGAUAUCAUAAAUUUGUAAAAUCUAUUAUGCUUUAGAUUUUCUGAUCUCUGGGAUCUGUUUGUGGAACUUGUGUGCGUGUUGGGUUUGUUUUCCAGCUUUUUGUACAUAGAAGAAGAAAACAGAAAGCCUCUUCCCCCUCUCCA